AUGCCGUUUAUCCAACAAGACGACACCAUAUUAAAUAGCAUUCACACUCUUUACACAAAAAGAGAUUGGGAUGAUGAUUACUGGAGCAAUUCCGGUGGAGCACGAUGGGCAUUCUUUGCCAUAUUUGUUGUUUUGAUAAUCAUUGUUGUUUUGGGUACGAUAAGAGUCAACAAAAAACGAGCUCAACAUGGAGAACAGCCAAUUUAUGGAACUAGAUGGCUAACUCCACCAUCAUACAGGCAGUCACAAACUCAAUACCAACAACCAGAUCACGUUAGGGAUCCUGAUUUACCUAGUGCUUAUGUUCCUACAUAUACAGCUACAGCUAAUGAAUACGAUAUGGGUUAUUAUGAUUCAAAUGGCAAUUUCCACCCAAAUCCAAAUGCCAAACUGGCAUUGCCACAUCCUCCUGAAACCCAUCAAAGAACAGGAAGUGCCAUUAGUUCACACACAAACGCUGGAGCAACUACAUUAUCACCAACAUUGGAUCACGACAACAACAACAAUAACAAUGACUAUGAAACUGGCAGAUCUGCUCAUGAUGGCCACACUGGACCUACUGAUGGAGAAGAUGACGAUCUUGCAGAUAUAAGUAGACCAGUUGGACCACCACCGUCGAGAAAUACAAAUACUAGUUUAUCUAGCGUAGCCAGACCUGCUGGACCACCACCUUCAUGGAAUGAAAAUAGCAGAUCUCAUACAGCAAGCACCAAUACACGUGGCAAUACUACCACUACCACCACUGCUGGAACUACAACUGAUGAUUCAUCUGAUGGACCACUGCCCUCUUCCUCUUCCAACAAAGGAACGGAAGUCAAUGAGACCACCAUUGAAAAGAAAUAG